CCAAUCACGGAAGAGCUCCUCGACUUCUACAGGCCUAUUCCAGACGAGCUAUCGCGCGAUUGGUUGAUUUUUCUACACCUUAAGCCCGUAUUACACUAUGCGUUAAAGAUUGAAGAUUAAAAUGUAACAGAUGAAAAAAAGAAAAAAAAAUUUAUGUCCUUUUCUUUCAUCAGUCAAAUUCCAAUCUUUUAAUCUUCAAUCUUUAAUACGCAAUCUGAUGUUCAGCGAUAAGUUCGCUGGACCGCGUAUGUAUUUAGCUUAAGGAUCGCAACAUAAUUUCACAACAGCAUUGAGAAUCGCUGCAUGGUACGAAGGUGAAAAACAUAUAAUCUACGAAAUGGCAACAUUCUCUCGUGUCCUCUUACGUCAAUUGAUACAGCAGUAAAAAUCGGAGCAUAUAUAUACAACACACAUAGUAGACUGGGUCAAUCGGCGAAUCACGGAUUGCGAGAUAUCCACGCGGGCAACUACGUUUUGACACAUUGACCUUCGCGUAUUCUCCCAUUUAUCACGUCCCAACCCCGAACUUGAAAGAAGAUUAAAUUUUAAUUUCGCGCGUACGAUUUCUUCGUUCAUCGCACUCACCACAUUGUUGCAUCCCUCACGACAUGAAUACCAGAUUUACGGGGAUAAAAUUGGGGCCUCCCAUCGAGGUUUUCGCGGUGCAAAAGGCUUUCGUCGACGACCCUCAUGACAAUAAAGUAAAUCUAAGUAUAGGAGCUUAUCGCACUAAUGAGGGCAAACCAUGGGUCUUGCCAGUUGUAAAGAAAGUGGAGAAGUUACUUGCUGCUGAUGAUCUACAGAAUCACGAAUAUUUACCAGUUCUUGGGUUGGAUGCAUUUAGUACGGCUGCUACGAGUAUGUUACUAGGUUCAAAUUCUCCUGUUAUUGCCCAAGGUCGUGCCUUUGGCAUACAAUCACUCUCUGGUACUGGUGCAUUGCGUGUUGCUGCUGAAUUUUUAAGUCGUAUUUUGCAUUACGAUACCUUUUACUACAGCAUACCUUCCUGGGAAAAUCACAGACUGGUGUUUACUAAUGGAGGAUUCAAACACGCUCGCGAAUAUACAUAUUGGGACGAGAAGACCCAUAGUGUCAAUUUAGAAGGAAUGCUCAAUGAUUUAAGAGAUGCUCCAGAAAAUGCCGUAAUCAUUCUGCAUGCGUGCGCGCAUAAUCCUACUGGAUGUGAUCCAACUCCAGAACAAUGGGCUAAAAUAGCUGAUGUAAUACAAGAAAAACGACUCUUUCCAUUAUUUGACAGUGCAUAUCAGGGUUUCGCAAGUGGAGAUUUAGAUAAGGAUGCGUACGCCAUACGAAUGUUCGCCGAACGUGGAAUCGAAUUUAUCUGCACGCAAAGCUUCGCAAAAAAUUUUGGAUUGUACAACGAAAGAGUUGGCAACAUAGUUUUUGUGUUAGCCGAUACAAAGGAACUAAUUGAAGCUAAAUCGCAAUUGACAUUAAUUAUCCGAGGAAUGUACAGCAAUCCUCCUAAUCAUGGUGCUCGAAUUGUCGCGACAGUAUUAAGAAACCCAGAACUUUUUGAAGAAUGGAGAGAUCAUAUUAGAACAAUGUCCAGUAGAAUUAAAGAGAUGAGAACAGGCUUGCAUCACAGAUUGUUGAAAUUGGGCACUCCAGGUACUUGGGAUCAUAUUAUCCAACAAAUUGGAAUGUUCUCAUAUACAGGACUUACCGAGGAACAAGUGCAGCAUCUGAGAGAACAGUAUCACAUCUACAUGUUACGCAGCGGUCGUAUAAAUAUGUGCGGACUCAACGAAUUCAAUUUGGAUUAUGUGGCAAACGCGAUCAAUGAAACACUAAAGCUCUUCCCAGAAGGACAGAAUGAUUCGGAUGAAAAUUUAACCAAUAACCAAAAUGACAUUGUUAUAAAAACAGAAAUAAAACGAGAACAUGAUCAAACCUCAUUGGAUAGUUAUGAUGAAAUAGAGGAGAAAUUAAAGCAAAUUUGCGAUGGUGGUCGUGAGGAAAGUAUAUCUAAUAAUGUAGAGAGGUUAAAUUCAACUUCUAAUAAUCGAGAAGGAGUUUUAGGAAAAUCGAUAACACAAAUUCCUAUAUUACACAGAAGUAUAAAUUAUAAAUAUUCGUCAAGGGAUGAAAUUGGAAGUCUACUUACUGAUGAUACAGAGAAUAUUGAAAUAAUUUUCGGUAGUGAGAGCGGAGAAGAAUGUGCGCGCGUUCCCAAGUGUACAUCUUAUGAUAACAAUGAAACAACUGAGUUUAAUAAAACAGAUCAAAGUGCCGCAAAUAUUGUUAGUGUUACUGAUGAUCAAGAGAUCAAUAAAAAUUUUCCUGAAGCUAUAGAAAAAGCUUUUCAAGGAGAGAAUAUACAUGUUACACCAAACAUAAGAGCCGCCAUAAAACGUAAACGGAGAACUCGUGAAGAAAUUAUGAAAUCUAUAAAAAAGUCAAUUCGAAAUGCAUCUUCCCAUGAUACAAAUUCGGUAAGCGAUAGCGAUAUUUCGGACAACAUCAUGGAAGCAGAAACUGAGAUAGGAAAGGAACUGAACACGUCUGAAAAUGAUACUGUACCAGCUAUAACAAAGUUUACGGUCAAAGUAUCAGGUGAUCGUGAAGAUAUAUUUGAUAUUAUGCAAGAUUUUUCUAAGGAUACAAAAGAUUUUAUCAUCCAAGAAUGCAACAAUACUUAUAUACAUCAAGGAAAUAAUACAUUUGUUACAUCUAUUAUAACAAUAGAUGACUCUCCAAUGGAGGCAUUUGUUAAAGAUGAAUAUAGUGACGAUAUUACUCCGACAAGUAUUACAUCAAGAGAUCAAGUCUCAUUUAAUUUGUCACCUUUAAAAAAUAAUGAAUGUUUAAGUACAAAACUAAUGUCACCGCAUUUCGACGAGGAGAACGGUUUGCAUGUAAACAGCUAUUCAAUACUGGAUGUUAACAGCGAACAACCGACGGCCAAUUGUACUACCAAGUACGAAUGUCGGAAAUUACGACAAAAAGUGAAAAUACAAGAAGACGUUAUCAAAAAAUUAAGCAACCAGCUCAUUUUGUACAAGAACUCUGAGAAAAAUCUACAGAAUAAAAAUUCAGCGCUCGAAAUCAAAACGAAGAAGAUGGAAAAUAUGAUGUACGAAUUCAAUACGAAAACUGAUAACGCAGCGUCUUCAAUGAUCUAUAAAAAGAACAUGGAUCUGAAGCAAAAAUUGAUCGACGAUUUAACGAACAGAGUGAAUUAUUUGGAAGAGGUAAAUAAGAAAUUAAUGAAAACCGUAACUGUAGAGAGUCAAUAUAAAAGAAAACUGGAAGGGCAGAUCAAACAAAGGGACAAUCGAAUAAAGGAGCUCAAUUGGAAAUUGGAGAAGGCUUCGAAGUUCCUCGACCGAGCGGAGAAAAAUACAAAUACAUACAGAAGAAAAAUGUUGAACAUGCAAACUUUUAUGAGAAGAAAGAAGCUCUUGGACGAGAAAAUGAGUAGAUUUAACGAAAUGUUGAUAGACAACGUGAAGGACGGUUACACCGAGAAAGCUGUAGCGAUGGCGAUAGAAAUUAAAGAGAUUUGCGGCUCAAGCGGAUAUGACAAGCUAUUGAACUUCGGAUUUCCACUUCCGUCAUUGUCGGCUCUGCGAACCCCUCCGCGCGACAUUUCUUCAGAUUCUAAUGAAAGUAGCAACACGACUCCGCGAGCUGGUCCUUCAAAACGUAAUAUAAGUGAAGAGACUGGUAUACAAUGCGCGAAUGAUGACGUAGAAGCGAAUACAAAGAAUCAAAUUUUAGAAUCGGUUUGUGAAGAAAUCGACGUGACGGACAAUACGGAGGAGACGGUAAUGGGCACGGUUCAAGACAUCUUUGAGGAGAAUAAUGACGUCGACGAUUUCGGUACAAAUGAACUGAGAGAACAUUUUAUCUUACAAUUGAACGCGGUUAUGUAGCCGUGGAUUAAUUGUGCGUAUUUAAAAUUACAACGUAUGUAAUUAAUAUCUUUUAAUUAAUAUCGAACUUAUAAUUUUAUUAUAUCACACACACACAUCAUUGUAUAAAAUAAUCAUAAACUCUUGUACAAUAUGUCGUCUCACACAUCGUGAUUCUAAAUCUUGUUUCAUAUGGACGAUUUUUAAUCAUGUUGUAUAUACAUACAUACAUACCAAGGAAGAAAAGUCCAUAUAAAAUUAUAUAUAAAAUAUAUGAAAUAUAUCUAUAUAUAUACAAAUAUAUAUUCUGUUUCUCUUAUAUACUAUCUGUUCAUUUAUGCAAACAAAAUAAUAAGCUUAAUGGAAAAAUAAUUAGGAAAAUAAAUGUUGCAUUGGUUUUUUUCUAGAAAAAAAUUGCGAGAUUAUAUAAGAGAAAGAAAACAUGAACAUAUUUUAUAUAUAAUUAUAUAUAUUUAUAUUUCGUUAUAUAUGGACUCUUGCUCGGAUACACACACAUACACACUUAAUGUAAAACAUUUUUGACCAAUCAUAUUUGUAAUAUAAAGUCCAACGGUUUAUGUCAAACGGUAAAUUCUGAUAUUAAAUUAUGUUAUUCACAAACC